AUGGCCUCUUCGCAUUUGCCCCCGCAUCCCACUGAAGCGACGCCCUUGCUCGUUGAUACCCAUGGCGACAGCGAUAUUGCUGAGCAGCCCUCGGAACGUCGGGAUGAGGGCGAGCCAACCACAGAGCCAGCUGGUCCCAGUCACGGCCAGCCACCGUCACGCGUCAAUCGCGUCAUAUAUUUCAUGAGUUGGGCUAUGACGGCUCUCAGCUGUUUACAGGUCGUUUUCCUCGGUAUCCUCUUUGCGAUGAACUCGUAUGGCUCGUCUCAUUUCGGUGACAGCGACUGGACCUUUCAUUACGAUGGCGCCUCCUACGCAUUCCUCGGAGUCCUCAUCGGCUUGUUCAGCGCAUUCAACGCGCUUUGGAUCAAGACCAAGGGGAAACCUACCGCGACGCUUCUUAGUAUUCUCAUUUAUGGCUCCAACGCCUUCGUCGUGUUCCUCUUUGUUGGGGAUCAGAUAUCUCGUCGAAUCUACUGGAGUGGCCUCAGUUGUAACAAAUCACUUGAUGACCCAAAAAGCCAGUAUCCUGGCUCAUAUACCGAAUGCCUGCACUGGGAAACGAAAUACAUCGUUGCCGUCUGGUUCUUUCUAGUCCUUGAUGCUGUUGUUGUAUGCCUGAGCAUUGCGAUUGUGGUUGCCCAUUUCGUUAAGCUUUACAAGGAAAGGGGACAAAGGAGCCCAAAUGGAGCCUUCUCGAUUAAUAUUCCCGCCGGGCAGGUUUCGCUCAACGUCUCCCUUCAGUGGGGGCCUCUCCGAGAAAAUGACGAACAGGUCCGCGGAAUCGAGGCUUAG